AUGAAAAGAAACAAAACUUCUGAUCAUCGUAUUGUUCUUCUCACCAAACAAAAUACACCUUUCAGAGUGCAAUCGGAGGAUGAUCGUAUUUUGCAAUCCACCAAAACAGGUGAUUAUCAUAACAUGCUGGAUUUGGCUUCAGUUUUUGUUGGAUCGGAACAAAUUUUAUAUGUUUCUUCUAUUAAUCAAGGAUUUUUUGUUGUACAUUCUGAUAUGACAAUUACAGAAUUAAAUUGUUUGGGUGAUGCUUUGAAAAUUAUUAGACAUACCGAAUUUAAAUCAAAACGUUUGGAAAUCAAGUUUAUUGAUGGUGGAGAGGGUAAUGUUUGGAUUGUUACAAAGUGUAAUAGGUUGUUUAAUUAUGGAAGUGAUAAAAUUUUCAAACAAAAAGGAAAAUUAUUGAAUGAUUCUAAUGUUGGACAGUUUACAGAGGCAAGUUGUGAAUUUCUUUGGGAUGAAGAUGAUUUCUUUGAGGAAACACCUAUAAAAAGAGAAAUUACUCACUUUUCCUGUGGAAGAUAUCAUACCUGUCUUGCAGUGAACAGGAGAUGGGCAUAUGGUUGUGGUUAUUCCUCCUUCUUUCAAACAGGAACAAAAAGUGCUACAGAUACUGAACAGUUUGCUCAAUCAUAUUUUCACGUUGAUGGAAAAUGUCAAAAGGAAAUGAAACAUACCAUUAAGGAGCUAUACUGUGGACGUUAUUUUACUCUGAUAUUAUCUGACAAUUCAGAAGUUUGGGUAACAGGUUCAAAUGAAAAUAAUCAAAUCUUUGCAUCUAAAAGUUAUGAAUAUUAUCAUAAAUUGGAUGUUUUCCAAAAUGUACUGAGAGCAUACGCUUGUAAAUUAGGAUAUCAUUCCAUGGUUAUAACUGGUGGACAACAGAUUGAAAAGCCAGGACCUUUUGCAGUUGUUGCUAAUGGUUGGAAUGAUAAUGGUCAACUAGGAACAAAGCAUAAAAAUGAAAGUGAGAUGUUUAGUUAUGUUGACCUUCCUCAACCACUUACCCAACAUAGUCCUGAUGUUGUAAAUCUAGAAAUUUAUCCAAUAUUUACUAGAACAUUUUUCAGAUACAAAUCACAUAUUUAUGAAACAGAGAAGAACAAGGGACAAUUAGAGUUGGAACUGCCUUUCAAGUUUUCUUUCCUGGAUGAUGUUAAAAUUGCUGGUGGUUCAGAAUUCUCUUUGAUUGUAGCAACCGAGAAACAUAGCAAAAUGAUUCAAUACUUCUUUAGACAAUUGGAAAAUUCAUAUAGAAAUAGACAUGUGAGUGAUAUAGAAAUUGUAGUAACAAAUACUGCCUAUUGA